AUGUCUUCCUCCACAGGAACACCAACACGAAAUCAACAGUCUAUUGCAUCAACUUCUUCAAGUCUAUAUUCCACCAGCUAUAGUCUAUCCAAAGAAACAUCAUUAACACCACAUCGUCCAACUACUGCAACAAGUAAUAAUGACUUUAGUAUUAAUAAUCGACCUGCCACCAGCUCGUCCACAAUAAAGAGACAAGGCACAAACACUUCUGAAGUGUCAACAACUUCCGACCAAACUAUUCAUUCGAAACGUGGACGACCACAGACUUCUGUUUCUACCCGCGAUGGCGGUGGUGGUGGCAUUGGCGAAAAUUCGUUCAUUGUUGCUGUCAUUGAGGGACGAGGGGUUGCAAGUGAAGUUGGAAUGUGUUUUAUUGAUUUAAAGACUAGCGAGUGUAUACUUUCUCAGAUUUCCGAUUCUCAAACGUACGUUAAAACAUUGCAUAAAAUGAAUUUAUACGAGCCAGCAGAGAUUCUAUUAUCAACUACAGCAUUUGAGCCGGCAAAAUCAAAACUCUGUAAAAUUUUCGAAGAAAAUAUGCAGUCUGCAAUAGUGACGCCUAUUGGGCGAAAGUAUUUUAAUGAUGUUGUUGGUAUGAAUUACAUUAAGCAGUAUGGUAUCGAAGAAGACUCUGCAGUUCUAAUACUUGGUCUCAUGUCAAAAUUUUAUUGUCUCGCCGCGGCUGCAGCUGUUCUAAAAUAUAUUGAGAGCACACAAAAUAUCUUUUUCACGGAUCAUUCUAUUCAGUUUAAGUAUCAAGGAUGUGAAGGAACGAUGAUGAUAGAUUGUGCCUCAGCACGAAACUUAGAAUUGAUAACUAAUAUCACAAACCCUCGUAGUAAACAUUCGCUUUAUGGUGUAUUGAACUAUACUAGGACACCAAUGGGAGGCAGGAUUUUUUUGCGUUUUCCACGAUUACUGCGAACUAAUAUUUUACAACCAUUGACUGAUGUUGCCAUUAUUAAUACGAGAUUAGAUUCUUUAGAAGAAUUAAUCGAAAAUGAGGAGAAAUUUUUCUCAAUACAAUCCGCGCUGAGACCAUUUCAAGAUAUCGAUUGCCUAAUAACAGCGUUGAUCCAAGUUCCUCGUAAACCAACGAUAAAACACGCCGAACAAAGCAUCAAUAACGUGAUAAUGUUGAAACACACAUUGAAACUAAUAGGAAAAUUACGAGAAUCUUUGGCUGGAUGUGAGAAUUCGUUGUUGGUUGCGAUUUACAGGUUACUCUCUGAUCCACGACUCGAAUCCUUUGAGGAAAUCAUCGAUCAAGUGAUUAAUGAAGAUGCUACGUACCAGAAAGGUGCUCUUGGAUUAAGAAAUCAACGAUGUUAUGCUGUUAAAGCCGGGUUUAAUGGAUUAUUGGAUGUUGCUCGACAAACUUAUAAAGAAACAAUAAACGACAUUUAUGAGCUCGUAAAUGGCUAUACUGAGCAAUACAAGGUCCCAUUAAAAAUACAGUUCAAUCCCGCGACCGGAUUUCACCUUUCGACAUCUAUCGGAAAUCUUCAAGAUCGAACACUUCCACUAGUCUUUAUCAAUGUGUCGAAAAAACGAAAAACACUUACUUUUACCACAUUGGAACUUAUGAAAAAGAACACGAAAAUCAAUGAUUCGUUGACCGAAGUUUACUUGAUGUCUGACAAGACAAUCGAAGAUUUAAUAUCCGAGAUUCGAAAGAGUAUCGGUGUUCUUUAUAAGGCGUCCGAAUCCAUCGCGAUGUUAGAUAUGUUGAUUUCUUUUGCACAUAUGUGCACUAUCUCAAAUUAUGUACGACCAGAAUUCACAGAUACACUUGUUAUUAAAGCAGGGCGGCAUCCAAUGCGCGAAGCACUUUACAUUGAAGAAUUUGUACCUAAUGAUACUUAUGCUAGUAGUGCAAACAACUUUCAAUUGAUUACUGGGCCGAACAUGAGUGGGAAAAGCACCUAUCUACGACAAAUCGCUCUGAUUAGUAUCAUGUCACAGAUUGGAUCUUUUGUUCCAGCUGAAUACACGUCUUUUCGUAUUGUGGAUCAGCUUUUUACGAGAAUUUGUAAUGAUGAUGAUAUGGAAAGCAACGCAAGUACGUUUAUGAUGGAAAUGCGAGAAACUGGAUAUAUAUUACAGAAUUUAACGGAUGAUAGUCUAGUGAUUGUGGAUGAACUCGGUCGAGGGACAUCGACUCAUGAUGGAUUAGGAAUAACUCAUGCCGUUUGUGAAGAAUUUAUUAAAACAAAAGCAUUUGUAUUUUUUGCGACACAUUUUCAUGAAUUAACGAGAAGCUUGACGGUGUUUCCUAAUGUGGUCAAUUUACAUUUGGAAGUUGAGAUUGGUGCGCAAGUCGUUAUGAAAAUUGCUACAGGAUUAAAGUUUGGACAGAUCGUUGGGUUGCCUGAAGAUAUCAUUAGUAGAGCAUCAGAGGUGUCGCAUAAGUUGAAGGAUAUGAUCGAUGCUAGCAAAGAGAAAUCGAGUUCAAAUAAAAUUAGGCAGCGUAGAAAAGCAAUGUUUCAGUUGACCCAACACUUGCUACAAAUCAAACGUUCCUCAAAUCUCGAUAAAGAUGGGUUGUUAGGGUACCUUCAGAUGGUGCAACAAGAGUUUGUGAUGAGGAUGGAGGAGUUAAUGUGA